AUGGAGUCAGACCAUCGCCCUGUUUGCGCCCUUCUGGAGACUUUGUUGUUGGCAAUGCCCGAAGUACGAGACUCUACGAGGACAGCGGUUCCGAGCACCUCAAAGACUCCAAAGACUUCAGACUUGCCCGAUUUGCUUGAGAUGUCUGAAACUCACGAGGUGGAGCAAUCCACACCUCAGAGUUCGACGCAAGUUCCAGCGGAGGAGCUUUUAGACCUGGACGUGUCGCCCAUCACGCCAGUGCCUGCGCCAACGCCUGCGCCAACGCCUGCGUCAACGCCUGCGUCAACGCCUGCGGCCACGAUGCCUUCAACAACCACGAUGGGACAACUGGUCUUCGCCAAGUACCAGGAUGGAUGGUACUUGGCCAACGUGAUCCGACCAGGUGGUCAUACGGUGGAUGUCGCAUGGCUCCGCCCGCCGGGAGCGAUUUGGGGAGACAAGGCUCAGAUGGCUCAGUACCUAUGCUCCACCAAUGCGGAUGAAACGCUCCAUGGUGAUCAGCUGCCAGUGGCAACUCACAUCAGGCUGCCCCGCGAUUUCCAAAGUCAAAGUGAUUUGAUUGACCUCUUGGGGUGCCGGGUAUCCAAAGUGAAGCCGAUGCACAAACUGUUUGAAAGUCACGAUGUGAAGAUCCGAGAUUUGUCGUCCACCGCCGCGCAAAAGAUUUUUCAGGACAAGUUGGCCGAGCCCUUAAUCGACGCGAUUGGGGAAUACUUCGAGUUACCCAAGGGUGACGUGUCGGUGGAUGAUGCCUUUAUUGUCCGAUAUGCCACGGAUUCGCAACGAGGGUUGGCCUUUCAUCGAGACGGAUCCAUCGUCAGCGCCAUUAUUUCCCUUUCCGACGAGCGAGACUACGUGGGUGGCGGCACUCAAUUCAUGGAUGGUAGCGUCUACCGGCCUUCGCAAGGCGGCGGCAUCCUCUUCGGUGGUCAGCGCUUGCAUGGUGGGGUCGACAUCACACGUGGUGCUCGCUAUAUUUGCACCAUUUUCUUCAAGUGUGGUGGUUUGAGCUGCAGAGAUUUGGCGGUGCUCAAGGAUAAAGAAGAGGAGGGCGACCCUGGCAUUUGGGGAACCAUCGCCGAUGUCCUGGGCGUGGGAAAGUGAGCCAAAUGGCAGGAUAGGGGUCCUCACUGUAAAAUGCUGAUGAGAGAAUGGAACAUAAUGG